AAUGAAAAUUCAAGACUCCUUCUUUCUUCUCUCACAACUCAUCUUUCGAGGAUGACGAUCCCUAAUGCCCCAGCUCCCACGGCUGAAAACGCUUCUCGUCUCCCCGCGGAAGAGGCACGCAUCCUCUCGGAGCUGGCUACCAACCCGAACGAAACAGACUCCUACUUCGCCGUCUCCAAAAGGUGGUACAAAAGCUGGCAGAAGUAUGUUGAUGAGCCUCUGGGAGGAGGAGGAGCAGCAGCAGCUCCGAGGCCUGGACCGAUCGAUAACAGUGACAUCAUCGAAACUGAUGGUAGAUCGCUGGCGGUUAAAGAGAAAAAUUACCUUCUUGUUAAUCAACAAAUUUGGAAAACUCUUGUUGAAUGGUAUAACGGAGGUCCUCCAGUACCAAGAACGUUUAUCAUCCUCUUAUUGUCCCAUGCAAGAGAUGAUGACGUCACUUUUAUACGGUUGCCAAAACAGGCCUCUAUAAGGGAGCUUUAUCAGAAAGUAUGUGCUAGGACUGGUGUCUCUCAAGAAAAGGCUCGCAUCAGGGAUUACUACAAUAUGAGUAAAGGCCAACUCUUGGAUCCUUUAUCUAACAAGAGCCUUGAAGAGUCUGGUCUUCUCAUGAACCGCAAUAUUCUUCUUGAAGUUGAGGAGCGAGGCCUAGCAGGACUGGUUAAUUUGGGAAACACAUGCUACAUGAACAGCGCUAUUCAGUGUUUGGCGCACACGUCUCCCAUACAUGAAUACUUCUUGCGAGAUCACACUCAUCAGGGCGAGCUUGCUAGGGCGUUUGGUGAGCUGUUGAAGGAGUUAUGGUCUUCAGGGACUAAUGCUGUUGCGCCGCGCGUUUUCAAGACGAAAGUGGAUAAAGCUGCUCCAGAGUUUAUUGGUCACUAUCAACACGAUUCUCAUGAACUGCUUCUUGCGUUAUUAACUGGCCUGCAUCAAGAGUCUGACAUAGUUAACGUCUUCCAAGGGCAAUGCAAGUCAAGUCUGGUCUGUCCAGUUUGUGGGGAAACAGCAAACACCUAUGAACCCUUCACGUCCUUGUCUUUACCAUUGCCUUCAACACCUACUUGGUCAAUCUCUCUUCUUUCUUGUUUGGAUGAAUAUUUAGCACAAGAGCCUCUAGGACCGGAUAACAUGUGGCUUUGUCCGCAAUGCAAAGAGCAGAGGCAAGCUAACAAGAAGCUUGACCUGUGGAAGCUGCCGGAGAUUCUCGUGUUCCAGUUAAAACGGUUCAAGACUAGCAAAUACUUCGUGAAGAAGAUAGAUACCUUUGUGGAUUUCCCAGUUGACGAGCUAGACUUGAGCAAGUACGUGGAGAAAGGCGAGUCAUGCUUGUAUGAGCUGUAUGCAGUGAGCAACCAUGACGGUGGGAUUGGUCUUGGCCACUACACUGCCUACGCUAAGAUGAUUGAUGAUGACAACGAGUGGUAUUGCUACGACGACAGUCUUGUUUCACCCGUACACGAAUCCGAGAUCGUAAGCUCAGCGGCCUAUCUUCUGUUCUACCGAAAAAGAGUUGGAAGUGAUAUGGAUUUGUCAUAAUCAUGAGGUUGCUGCAUUUGAUUUAGAGAUGCAUUAGUCUAAAAAUAACUCACUCUCUAUUGUUGUACGUAAUUCAACCUGGUGGUUC